UUGACAUUUCCUCUUCUCUUUACGUUUUUUCGCUUAUAUAUAUGAACAAGGGACUUGUUGUUUCAUCAACCACUGUUAUACUUUCUUCAAACUCUCUUUUGCUCUAUCUCUGUCAUGGCGGCUUCUUCUUCCUUGCCUCACGUUGUCUUCCCGAGCUUCCAUGGGCCAGAUGUUCGUAAAGGAAUCCUUAGUCAUUUACACAUUGUCUUUGAAAGGAAAAAAAUCACUAUGUUCAAGGAUCAGGAGAUGGAGAGAUGCCAGCAGAUUGGAUCUAAACUCAUACAAGCCAUUAGAGAAGCAAAGGCUUCCCUCGUUUUGAUCUCGAAGAAUUAUGCUUCUUCGAGAUGCUGUUUAGAUGAACUGCUUGAAAUCUUGAAGUGCAAAGAAUCUUCGGGGCAGAUUGUGAUGCCGAUUUUCUACGACGUUGAUCCGUCGGAUGUAAGGAAACAGAAGGGAGAUUUUGGGAUCACAUUUAAGACAACCUGUCAAGGUGCAACAGAGGAAAAGAAGCAGAGAUGGAUAGAAGCUUUGACAUGUGUAGCAACCAUAACUGGAGAAGACUCUCGUACCUGGGCUAAUGAUGCUGCGAUGCUCGAAAAGAUUUCCACAGUUAUGUUGAAACAACUGAAAAUUCAAAAGCUUAAGGAAAAGUUUAGGAUUCACGAUUUAGAUCAUAAUGGUUUCAUAACUAACCAUGAGCUUCGAUAUGUGAUGUCAACAACCGAUAAACAAGCUCGUAAGAUUGUGGACAAAGCAACCGAUAAACAAGUUCGUAAGAUCAUCAAGGCGGCUGAUGUUGAUAAUGAUGGUCAGAUCAGCUUUGAUGAGUUCGUCAAAUUCAUCGAAAACGACGAAAAUAUUAAUAUAGAAGAUGAGGUAUGGUGGAAAAGUUUGCCACAGAAGCAGUGUCAUGGAAGGAAAAGAAAGAUAUUUUUCGAAUUUUUUGGCCGUUCGAUGUAAACCAGAAUGGUUUCAUAAUUGCAGCGGACUAUCAAAAAUAUAAGUUGAAAAUUAUUUGGCAAAAAGAAACCGAUGAGGAUGCUCGUUAUUUCAAAACAUUUUAUGUUGAUUGUGAUGGUUGGGUCAGCUAUGACGAAUUCGUCAAACUGACGAGGUGAUGCAGUGCAUUUUUAUCUUAGUUGGCAGGAUACAUUGUGGGUGUUUGAUAUGUUCUUCAAUUCUUGAAUUGGUUUUCUAUUUUUCUUUUUAUCCUAAAAAGUGUUAUUCUUUUUCUUUUGUUAGAGUUUCUUUAUAGCUUCAAGUGAUGUUAGAAGUUCAAGUUAUAUAAGAAACCAUGAAUCCUUGUUUUCACA